AUGCAAUAAUAAAGUUAUGCAUAUGAGAGUAAAUUUUAAAAAUUUUAUCUAAUAAGAAUAAUCUAAUUAUUCCAAGAAAAAACCUUAAAAAUGGGAUUCAGGGAAAUCAAAUUAUAUGCAAAUAAAUAAACAAAUGAAAAAGAAAUUGAAAUUUUAAAAGGGUCUUAAUAAGUAUUUGAUGGAGAAACAUAUAUUUCGACUAAAGAAUAUUCUAAAAUAUUUGAAACAUUACCAAAAAUAAAGAUAAUUAUUGAUUUGUCUGAACAUUUAAAAAAAAAACUUGAAUCAAAUUCAAGAUUAAAAUUAGGUUCAGUGAAGGACACAUAAUCUUUUAUCUAACAAAAUGAGCAUAAGCAAUAGUAAGAAAUAAUAACUUAAAGAGCUAUAAAUAAAUUUCUAUCAAUGAAAUCGAUAAGGUGUAUAGGAUAAAACUAAAUUAAUAAACCACCUUAGGUUAAAUAAAAAACCCUAAAAAAAAUUAAUCAACAGUUUACUAUUAAAUUGUUAUUAGUUUUAUUUAUUAUAUCAUCCAUUUAUAUCAUGUUCAAUUGUUAUUUCGAAUGA